AUGGAAAUUAGAACAGAACAACAAGAAGACUACCCACAAAUAUACGAAAUUGUAAAAAACGCGUUCGCACAUGCGGAACACACCUGCGGAAGGGAACAAGACAUUAUUAACGAUAUCAGAAAAUCAGAGAAUUAUAUCAAAGAAUUAUCUGUUGUCGCAACAGAAAACUCAAAAAUAGUGGGAUAUGCCAUCGCAAGUAAAAUGUGGAUCACUGACGGAGAGAAUAAAGUGGAGAGUUUAGUCCUUGGGCCGGUUGCAACCACACGCGAAAAACAGAGAAAAGGAAUAGCAUCUGCACUAGUGAGAGAGCUCAUCAAAAGAGCUAAGGAAAUGAAAUUUCCACACAUCACUGUAUUUGGAGACACCCAUUUGUAUUCCAGAUUUGGAUUCGUUCAGUCAAUCGACUAUGAUGUGCACUCAUUUUUCGAGUGCGAUCCGAAGCUCUGUAUGAUCAUGGAAUUGACAAAAGACGGUUUGAAAGGGGUUAGAGGCAUUAUUUCGUACCCCCCUUAUUUCCAAUAA